AGAGCGCACCCAGCCGGCGCCGCGCAGCACUGGGACCCUGCUCGCCCUGCAGCCCAGCCAGCCUACACCGCAUCCGCCUGCUGGUCUGCCCGCCGACCUGCGCGCCCUUGCUGCCGCCUGUCUGCGCCCCUCGACCCCAGCGGCACCAUGCAUCUCUCCCAGCUGCUGGCCUGCGCCCUGCUGCUCACGCUGCUCUCACUCCGGCCCUCCGAAGCCAAGCCCGGGGCGCCGCCGAAGGUCCCGCGAACCCCGCCGGGAGAGGAGCUGGCCGAGCCGCAGGCUGCGGGCGGCGGUCAGAAGAAGGGCGACAAGGCUCCCGGGGGCGGGGGCGCCAACCUCAAGGGCGACCGGUCGCGACUGCUCCGGGACCUGCGCGUGGACACCAAGUCGCGGGCAGCGUGGGCCCGCCUUCUGCAAGAGCACCCCAACGCGCGCAAAUACAAAGGAGCCAACAAGAAGGGCUUGUCCAAGGGCUGCUUCGGCCUCAAGCUGGACCGAAUCGGCUCCAUGAGCGGCCUGGGAUGUUAGUGCGGCGCCCCCUGGCGGCGGAUUGGGAACUGGCUCCGUUGUGCUGAGGUCAUCUUUGGUCAUCAGCCUCCAGCAUCUGGAAACACCUCCAACGCAAUGUGGCUUUUACAUUUCUUUCUUUCUUUCUCUUUUUUUCCUGGUACUGGGAAUACACAACACCAGCUGUUUUAUUAUUAUUUGGGGAGGGGGUUGUGAUUUUAUUGUUUUUUUAAAUGAAAAAUAAAAAGUUAUAUAUUAUAUAUAUAUUAUAUACGUGAAACACACACACCUACACCGACUUGAUGACAAGGGACAGUUUUUAAGAGACUGACAGAACCAGCUGUAAAACAUUGCUGUUUGUAAAUUCAUGUCAUGCAUAAAUGUAUUUAUGUUGUAAAGCUAUUUAUAUUGUUUAUAAAGAGAUAUUUAUAAAAAUUUUAUUUAUGUAACUAAAUGAAAGAAGUCAAUCAUUGUAAUGUUUUUGUCCUAACUAGUUAAAAAAAUGUAAAAAAAAAAAAAAAGUCAUUCCAUGAAUAUCUUGAAAA